UUUGCAAGUCACUCACUCUACGCGAACGGCUCUGCUAUGCUAUUAGAAUGACCGUCCCUUCUCUGCGCUUUUCGCUCUCUCCAUGGCUGACCAAUAACCCACCCCCCUUCUUCAAAAUCUGUAUAAUACCAAGAAUAAUACCCUUCACACUAAGAGUGAUCUGCCAUUGCUCUAUCUCGCAAUCUCUUCCACCGUCCACUUCUCCUGCCUCAACCGUCUUACCGGAGAAAUGGGUACCCUUUCGCAAGAAAAAGGUCGUUAUGCGGGUCGGGUAUGUCGGGUCCGAUUAUCGAGGUCUCCAAAUGCAGCGACACGAGCAUUCAUUGUCAACCAUUGAAGGGGUACUGGAGAAUGCCAUAUACAAGGCAGGAGGUAUCCGAGAUAGUAAUUAUGGGAAUUUGCACAAAAUUGGAUGGGCCAGGAGUAGCCGAACUGAUAAAGGAGUUCACUCCUUGGCUACAAUGAUAUCCUUGAAAAUGGAAAUCCCUGAAUAUGCUUGGAAGGCUGACCCAAAUGGCAUUGAUCUAGCUACACAAAUUAACCAUUAUCUCCCUGACAAUGUCAAAGUUUUCGGUAUUUUACCUUCACAAGGGAGUUUUGAUCCUCGAAGGGAGUGUAAUUUACGAAAAUAUUCCUAUCUCCUUCCUGCUGAAAUUAUUGGGAUCAAAGACCACUUUAGUGAAGCUGAAAUUGAUUAUCAUCAAUCCGACUUCAACAAUAUAUUAAAGGCCUUUGAGGGGGAACAUCCUUUCCAUAACUAUACUGUAAGGUCCAAGUACCGGGGAAAACAUCAAAGAAAGACUCCUCGUAAUGAUCUCAUGCCAAGCAGAGUAAAUUCAUCCAACGAGACAUUCUCCGGGUCAGACGAAAGUGAUGGAGAAGAAAUUGGGAUCAAUGGAGUGACUGCAUUGAAGCCCUAUGUUUCUGAUGAACUAGCAGACUCUCACCUAAAUAAUGGAGAUAGCUUGAAGGACAAGAAUUAUAAUAUGGUUGUUCUUGCAAGAUGGCUUCAUGAACCUGAUGAGUUGGACAGGAUAAGUGCUUCCCACUUCAGAAAAAUUCUUCACUGUUCUUGUGGAAAACUGGAGAAAUCAUAUGGAUUUGCUUACGUUGAAAUCUCCAUAUGGGGAGAAUCUUUCAUGUUACAUCAGAUCCGCAAAAUGGUUGGCACAGCCGUGGCAGUGAAGCGGAACCUACUCCCUAGAGAUGUUCUAACAUUGUCGCUGGCCAAGUUCUCACGAAUUGUCCUACCACUUGCUCCAUCUGAAGUUUUGAUUUUGAGGGGAAAUAGUUUUUCUUCAACGACAAAAUCCGGUGAUUUAACAAGGCCUGAAAUGCUGGCAAUGGUUGAAUCAGAGGAGAUUCUCAGGUCAGUUGACGAAUUCUACACUUCUCAAAUGCUGCAUCAAGUUUCGAGAUUCUUGGACCCUAUGGAAUCUCCUUGGAAGGAAUGGGUACAGAAUUUGGAUGAGAAUACAUGUAUUCCAGAAGCACAGUUGGAUGAAGUCAGGAGUGCUUGGAAACAAUGGAAAGAAAGUUUUCUGUCGAAAAUGAAGUAAUUCACAACUUGUUUGGUAAAAUGAUGAAGUUUGAUACCAACUCGAACAGUUGGAUUUUGUGUGGUUUGAUGUUUACAUGGCAAGGCUCUUCACCAAUCAUCUCUCCUUUUUGUCUCACAAGCUUCCUCUCAACCUUGAUGGUGCUUCUGCCAUCUGCCUAAAGAUAGCCAAACAUUAACUUGCAACUAAUUAUCCCCUGCAUAAUUCAAUCUGUUGCUUCCUCAUUGUUUACCAGAAAUCCAAGGCAAAGUUUAAUGGAGUACCAGAUCAAUCAGUCCUAUGAAACAGUCUAUGGAUGAUUGGACUUAUCAUACCAUAGGACUGCAAAGUUUUUAGACAUGUCAACGAAUCAUUGCCCGCUGAAGGGUACGGCUGCAUUUGAAAGGCAUAGAACCUCUUCUUGCAUCAAAUUUUAUUCUGUCUCUUGUUUAGGCUGACAUAUUUGUGGGAAGAGACUCUUUUCUGACUUCUUCUGGGAUUUUGUUUUGUAACAUUCCAAAUAUGAAUGUCCAUGACAUACAUAACGAGCAACUAGUUUGAUGGUGUGAAAGGAAUUCAUGUCUAGUGUUACUGUAGUGUGAUGUCACACAAGGUC